AUGCUCCAUUGCUUCUCGAAAGGAGCCUUUGAUAACGAUAACAACCAAAUGUGUGCCUUCAAUCAUCUACUUUUCGGACCUUGGUUUAGUUCUCCUGACCUCUUCCACAUAGUUGGCAACAUGUGUUCUCGAAAACUAUACAUGGCCUUCAUCUUCAACAUUUUCUAUCAUAAACCCUCAUUCCUCGUUUCUAAAACACAUCCUCUAACUUGUAUCCAACGGGCAGUGUUUCUUACUACCAUGCCUUCCUUCAUCGCCCACGUCUAUAACGAGGGACCCAGCAUUCAGGGUCUGCACUACUUCACUCUCGGGAUCGGCCUCGCAAUCUGCUCUCAAAUGAAUGCCCGAUUCAUGGACAAGAUCUAUAUCUACUUCAAGUGGAAGAAUGGGAACGUCGGGGAGCCAGAGUUCAGGCUGCCAUUUAUGGUCCAUGGGACGAUCAUGGUGCCGAUAGGGCCGUUCCUGUCAGGAUGA